UUUUAUUUCUGUAUUUUCGGUUUCUGUCAACGUGUAAAAAAUUUUGGUGAUUGUUCUCCUUAAAAUUGAAGUAAUUUUUAAGGAAUAAAUGGCAAAGCGAAUGCGUUAUGGUCAGUAUCAGACUGACGAUUUUGGAAAUUUCAUUAUUCCCAGGACGACGCAGUAUCGCUGGCGACUUCGCUCGCGCAAUGACGACGUUGUGGAUCGCGUCGAUCAGCAAGUUUUUGUGGACAGUGAUCCUGCAGAUGCACCAGCUGACAAUCUGGAGAGCGAUAUCGCAAGAUGCGACGAAGAAACAAGUCUGUUUGCGGAGGCUGAAGAAUCGGAUAUUGAUGAUUCGGAGUGCGCAGAAGCGGAAUCGCUGCCCCUUAGCCUUAAAGAACAAAUUCAUCUGCUCAUUCAGUUGCGGAAAUGGCAGAAGUACCACAAUACCAAGCAGAACUUGGGAGCAGACUUGGAGGUAGUGCGAUCACUGUUUGAAGAUCCAGGCGGACUCGCAGACUGCCAGUUUCCUCCGAACCUGUACUAUUUGGAUAAAAUGUUUGGGGAUGCGAUCUCGCACAAUAUUACUUAUUACUAUUUCUGCCCGCGCCACUACUGCAUCGUUGGAAGCAGAAAAGCAGGUGAAAAGUGCAAUGUUGAUUUUCCGUGCGACGGCAUCACCCCCAAGAAGCAAGAGCCCCACGUCAUCCCGUUGUGUGAUUUGCACCAAAACUGCCUGCUAUCGAUGGACUUGGAGGAGCUGGUUCGGAAAUUUUUGAGCGAACAUUCCGCCGAAUUGCAAUCAGUCCUAGGAAAACGAAAGCGAUUCCGCAUCAAUAGCACUGAUGAACUUAACACGGGUCAGUUUUACCGCGACAAAAGUUUUGGAGAUGAUGUCGUGACUAUAAUGGCACAUACGGACGGAUUUGCGCUGACAAGAUCGUCCAAAUUAAAAGGAUACGCGGUACAGUUUGUGUUUGCGGAUUUCCCUGGAAAGAAGCGGUUCCGUUCGAUAGUCCUCCAGAGCCUCUACAUUGGCACAGCGACAAAAAUCCCGCAUCGCAAGAUUGUGCUACGUCCUUUUUUAUCCCAGCUGUAUAAGUUAUCGACCGAAGGGAUGCUGAUCAACUUAAAUGGAGAAGAUAAGCGUAUUCGCAUCGUCAUGACUGCUGUGGUCGCGGACACGAUGGAGCGACUUCCGCUUGUCGGCAUUGGAUCUAUCCAUGCAUAUGUCGGUGGCUGCACGUAUUGUGAAGCCACCCCUGUGCGCGAAGAGAACCGCCAGGUCUACAUUUGUGCGACUUCGCUUUAUGCAAUGCCUCGUACGGAUUCCAGUAUUCGUAGCCUGGCGAAAGAGCUAAUGGAUUAUCCAUUACAUCACCGGGACGCAGCGCGAAAGGAUGCAAAUUUCACGGGAAUAUGUGAGAGCUCGCCGCUGGAAAUGCUGCCGCAUUUUGAUUUGGCGCGUGGAUUUCCUGUUGACGCCAUGCAUAAUUGCUGCAAAGGUGUCGCACCUCAGAUAUUUUUUGCAUGCAACGUAAACAAGAGCGGCAUCGCAGAAAUUAAUGAGCGUGGCAGUGCUCUGGACUUCCCUAGUGUUGUUUCCAGGAAAUUCCGCUCAUUCGACGAAGUGAACCUGUUGACAGCAAACGAAUGGCGCGACAUCCUUUAUACCGGGAUUCAUCUAUUUCGGGGUGUCUUCACGCCAACAGAAUACGAGGUUUGGUGUCAGUAUUCUAGUAUUGUGACCAGAGCUUUCCAAGAUGCGAUAUCGCGUACGGAUACUGAAAUUAUGGAGGAUGAAGCGUACGACUUCGUGAGAAGCGCUGAAACAGUUUUUGGUGAAGAUUUCAUGUCCUAUAACGUCCAUCUGACACUCCAUCUUGGACAAUCCUGUCGCGACUUCGGUACGGCCGCGGGUUUCAGCGCCUUUCCUUUUGAAGGAAACAUCGGUUGUAUUGAGGAAAACAUCCACGGAUACAACCAGGUGACACGCGAAGUCGCUAAUUCUUUAAAGUUGAUCAAAAUUGCGGAAGACAUUGCGGAAAAUUUGAGGCGACAACCGCAAGACCAAUUCACACCGGCCAUUUUGCGCAUACUGGAAAACAAUAGUUCUGCAAAUUUGUAUUCCAGUGUAUGCAACGCUGCAGGUUGUUUUUUGAUCGGACCAGCGAAAACGCACACUGUCAUUGUCGGUGAGUGUUAUUCAGCAUGGGAAGCUUUACGAGACUACGCGGCGGAGAAUCAGCUGUGUCUGGAAAACGUGAGUCAUUCUGUGCAUUCGAAAAUAAUUUUGAAAGGAUUUGUCCUCAGCAGUGCAGAGUCGAUCCGAGACCACUUUGCGAAUGCUCUAUUCUACUGCCGUUAUGGCAAUUUUUGGCGAUUCCGCUUCGCAGUACAUAUCGGCGGAUCGGUGGUGCUGCUUUGUGAACAAAGCGAAACCGCUCAGCAAAAAAUUUACAACCUAAACUGCACACUUCCGGCUCACAAAUUAAUCCGUUGGAAAGGCGAGUUCGCUGUUCUCGGAGCGGAAACAUUCGCAGGCAUUGCGUUGGAGUUGCCGUACGAUGACCACGAGGAGUUAACCAUCGGCGCGAUGCUACCACGGUUACUUUAUUAUUUUGAUUAAUACAGCGUUGUUAAUUUUGGUUAAUACAGUUGCGUUAAUGAUGCGUUGUCGCUUAACAGU